GGUUGUGUGAGAACAAUGCAUGCAGCACCAUGGAAUCACUUUCUGUUUAUCAUGGGGCCAUCAGCCGAGAAAUGUGUGAAAAGCGCCUGUGUGAAGUGGGCAAAGAUGGGAGCUAUUUAAUUCGAGACAGUGAGAGUGUGCCUGGGGCAUACUGCCUCUGUGUUCUGUGUAAAGGCUUUGUCUACACAUACCGUCUCCAGCAAGAUGCAGUGGGCUCCUGGGCAGCUGAGACGGCACCAGGUCAGAAUAAACGCUUGUUCCGAAAAGUCAAGAAUUUAAUAAGUGCCUAUGAGAAACCAGACCAGGGAAUUGCUUUUCCCCUCCUGUACCCUGUAACUGUUCAGAACUACCAUCAAGGCAAGAGCAUUCAGCAUAACCAACCUUAGAGAAGUGAAACAACAUACAAGCAUGUUGAAAUGUGCAUUGUGUCAAAUUUCUUGUGCUUAGAUAUAAUACUAAACGUUUUGUAUACAUAACCAGUGCUGUACUGUAGCUAUGGACGUUUUUAAAUUGUUAAACCAUAGUUCUAAAAAAUGCCACUCUAUAUAUGUAUGAAAUGUGAAUAGUGUUUGGAGGCUAUUUCAUGGAAAAAAAUAAAUCCUUUACUUUUUAAGGUGACAUUUACUCCCUGUCCCACCAUGAUUCCCCCAUUUCUAGUCCUGUUUAUGUGACUAAUUUGGAAAAGUGGUUGAUCAGCAUAUCUGAUUACAUUCAAAUUAAUUCAUAGUACAUUUUCAUAGUACAAAAUAAUAUUAUGUAAAAAAUCUCUCCAUAUAGCAUAUUAAACAAUUUUACAUUUUUAACAUUAAUUAACCCUUUAAUUGUCGCUGUUCCAACAGUGGAAGACCUAUAGGUUUACUUUAUUAUUUCACAAAAUCUAAUCCAAUCAUAACAAAUUAUGUAUCAUUGGAAAGGUCUAAGACUCUAGAAUACAUAUUAGAUCAGUGUUUUACAAAAAUAAAUUAUGUACGAGUAGUAAUUUAUUAAUUUAUGACAAGAGUGAGCAUAAAAACUAUUAAAUGCUGCUAAAUGUCACCGUUCCAGUGGAACACUGAAGUUAUGCAAUAUAAUUCCAUUUUAAUCCUGACAAACUAUAUAUCAUUGGAAAGCUCUAAGAAUGUAGUUUCUUAUAUUUCAGAACUGUUCUGCAAUAGAAAUCAGUUAUUAAAAGUAAUUUUCUCAAAUGUCACUGGGCCCAUUUGGUACCAUUAUAAAUAUUACAUAUUCAUAAUCAUAUUUUAUUGUAAAUCUAAAAUAAAUCUCAAAAACAGCUAUAUCAUUGGAAAGCUCCAAUAAUGUCCUUCUUAUAUAUAAUAAUGAAAUGUAUUAAUUUGUCAUUUGUAUGCAGUAAACCAUUGGAGCCAAUAUGACACCUAGUGGCAGUUGUUGGUGUAACGAUUAAAAGUAUCCCAGAAACCACAUUUUUUUUGUUAUAUCAGCUUAAAAUAUUAAAGUAUGUCUUUAAUUUUCUGGUGUUUUUUUUUGAUGAGAAACAUUUUUUUUAGAUUUUUUAGUAAAAUAAAACAAUGUUUAUUUAUUUUGUCUUAUUAUAAAUGUACAAUUAAACUGCUUUAACUAUUUUUUUACAAUAAAGUAUAGAAUCUCUUCUUUAAAACAAGACCAAGAUUAGGCCUCUAGACAUAUGCAUUCCAGAGUUACUGUAAAAAAAAAUGGGGAUGAGGUUAAGAUAUGCAAACAUUGUAUUUUGAAAUAUUAAAUAUCAAUAAGUACAUUAUUAAAGUUAUCAGAGUGUGAUUUAAAAAUGACUGGGUUUGGUCAGUGAUAGCUGAAUCUAAUUUCAUAGGCUGUAUGCUCCACACUUGUCAGCCACAUAUGUCAUAAAGCCAUAAAUCUGAGUUA